CUUUCAUCAAAAAGACACAAAAAGAAAAGAAACCCGGCGAGCCUACACACAUAGAUGGAAUUUACCAACCAACCAAGUUACAGAAGACGCCUCUAAACCUUUAAAAAUACAGCUGAUCACAAUGAACACUUCUUUUUCAACCUCGCUGAUGCUACUCGCAAUCCUUGCGUGCGCGACAACCGCAUUCGCUCCAAUGAGCAUCCCGACGAAACGCUCGGAAAUGUACAUGAGACGGGGACGCGGGAGUGGCCUCAAGCGAGAACUGGAUGACUCGUCGUCGUCGUCUUUCACCGGAGGAAUGGGAAAAUCGUCCUCGGGCACGAAUUGGUUGAAUACGAAGAAGUCGGUCAAGGAACUUCCAACAGAAGAGGGCCAGGUACGGUUGGUUUUCGAACGCGAUUGGAGUUAAAAUUCGAUAACGAACUGCUGCUUUUUGGAAGAACAAUUUGUCUCUGUAGCCGCUGUGUGUUCGAUGAGCCAUAUGACACUACUUGCUGACGCCUGAUUUUCGCUGACUUUGAUGUAUUUGUCGAUGAACCGUCAUUUUUCCUGUUGAAUCAAAACCAACCAAACUGUACACGUAUGCGACUUCGAUCCAAUUGUGGAAACAAAAUUUCUCUGGAAACAAACACAAAACAACAGGUCAAGCUUAUCGAAACCGGUGCAUUCUUGUUAGUGAACAAACAAACAAAUCCCGGAGGCGCUGCUAGUACCGUGAAAUAUGGUGGAGAAACAUACUGCUUCCAGGCGAAUUGCCCUCAGUGCCAGGUAAAUAGUAUGCCGCGAUUCUGAUCUUGUUUCGGCGCUGGUGUGUCUUUAGAACAUCCAACGUUUCAAUGUAAUCAACUCAGUGCCUAUUCAUCAAGCUCAAAUUUUGAUUUCGUUUUCACAUGACUGCGUGCAAUCCAAUCGAAUUUGAUUUGAUUUGAUUUGAUUUGAUUCGGUGACUGCUGCACGCGAAAUUUAUUCAAACAAUAUUAGGUGCCCAUGACAAAGGCCAAGGUCUUGCCUCCCAACGACGAGACCGACAACAAGGCACCCCGGGUGGCCUGUGAUCUGUGCAAAAGCACCUACAACAUGAAAACGGGGGAGAAAGUGGAGGCUGCGGAAACCACUGGGUUUUUCGGAGGGAUGGCCAAGGCGGUGCUUGGCUCGAAUGAUGGCGGCAAUCUAUCGACGUACCAACUCGGUGAAAAGAACGGCAAAAUAAUGUUUACCAUGGAGGGCAUGUAACAAAGUACUGUACACGACAAAGUGACUUCAAUGCGCCACGGGGCAUUUAACGGUUCGCAAACCGAAUUUUAAACCGCUAAUUGACUAUGAAGGGCGAUUGAACCCUGUGAUCCUGUAACUUGAAUAAGAACUAAUUUGGGAAACAAAGAAUAUUGUCGGUACGUUGAACUACUCAGGAGGGGAAACCCUUUCAGCUACAAUGGAAUAGAAAAAAGAAUCCAUCACGAAAUCCAAAGCACAAGGGUGUCGAAUGUUGGCGAACAACGCUAAUAAAAAUUGAUAUUACGGUACAAUAUAAUACUUCAUUUUGU